CACCCCCACCCACCCCACACCCACCCCACACCCACCCACGCCCACUCCACACCCACACCCACACCCACCCACACCACCCCACCCAACAAAUUAUUCGAGCACUACAAACAAGAAAUUUUGAAUUACCAUCAUAUGCACAAAUGAAAAAUUUUCGUGUUCACUAUAAAAAAAAGAAAUUUGGUUCAUAUAUUGUAAGUUUAGGUGAAUUAGAACAAUGGUGCAAACAGAAUGUUGAUAUUCCAACUGAUGAAAAUAAAUAUUUUGUUGUUUCAUAUAAAAUAAUUUACGAUGAUGAAGAAGAUGAUGACGAGGAAGAUAUUAAUGGAAAUAUAUUUCGUGUAUUUUUAUCAUCUGUACGGUUGUUGAACAUUGCAUCAAUAUCAUCACAUGUACAUGCUGAUGCAACAUAUAAAUUAAUUUGGCAAGGAUUUCCAGUACUUGUAAUUGGAACAACUGAUUUGAAGAAGGUUUUUCAUCCAUUUGGUUUAGCUAUAUGUUCCAAUGAACAAACGAAAGAUUUUGAAUUUAUUUUUAAUAGUGCACAAAUUGGUUUGAAAAAAAUAAAUAAAAAUUUACUUAAACCAUCAGCAUUAAUAUCUGAUGCAGCUGACUCGAUUAAAAAUGGUUUUAAGAAUGUAUACGAAGGUGAUUAUAAUCAAAUCAUGUGUUGGUCGCACAUGAAAAGGAAGGUUCAAAAUCGUAUUUGCCAUAUAGAUGAUAAAGCUAUUGCUGAUGAAAUAAUGAAUGAUAUUGAAAUGCUUCAAUUAUCUUAUUCAAGCGCUGUAUUUGAAUUAGCAUUAAAAUUGUUUAUGAAGAAGUGGAAGAUGAACAACAGGCAAAAAAAUCAAUCAAUAAUAGAAUUUUUAAAUAUUUCGAUAAUGAAUGGAUCCAAACAAAUGGUGGCUGAGGCAACCAAUAAAGUAGUAAAAGAUGAUGGUACAUUUAGAGAACGUCAUGUUCUAUCAAGAUUUUUAGUGGUAGCUUCAAAUAUAAUUAAUAAUUGGUCAAUUGAACGUGAUCCAUCUUCAAUAAAUACAAAACUUUUUGCUACAGAACCAACAAUUUGUUUAAAUUUAUGA